AUGAAAGCUGCUGAAUGUGUUUCACAUGUGGUAAGGAUAAGUGCAAACAGUGGUAGCUCUGGUUGCACAAGCAGGUGUGCGCUCCCUGGCGCGUCUAAUUAUACCGGAGCCCGGCGUCGCGCUGAUAGCUCGCCGCUGGCAGCCAACAGUGCGACGGCCGGGGCGACGCGCGACACAUGGCCAAAGGCAAAGGAGGCGGAGGCGCAGGGAAAGGGGGCGGCGAAGAUAAGAAAGCCGCUGGCGGAGGUGCCAAGGGCGGCGAAAAGGGCGGCAAGGGCGGCGGAGAAAAGCCAGCUGGCAAGAAGGGAGGGAAGAAGUGAUGGCAAGAUCAGAUCAGAAGAAUGUCUUCCUCUGAAGAUGACGCUUAUAAGGCGUGCAGGAUGUUGGGAAUCUUCAAGCCGAAAAUUUUAAUUCUAAAUGCAAAUGAGUUUGUUUUUACAGAUGUCUAGGGCGUAAAGUUUGUUUCAAUGUAACCUCUAUAUUAAUUUAGUCCACAGACACUAAUAACUACAUAGCAAAUACAGGGCACCAGUAGGUACCCAGUUCUUUUUCACUUUAAACUUAGUAUAUUCUCACGUUAUUGUCUCAGAGUUUCAAUAAACCGAAGUCUGUAGAAGCUAAUGUGUCACUUCCUACAGAAGCUUCUUGAAUAAAUUUGUUAGCAACUGAAAAAUAAAUAUUCCAGCAAUUUUCUUCAAAACUCA